CCCUUACAUAAAACAAAGAUGCUGCCUCGGAUCGUCCUUUUAAAGGAGGCGCCGAACGCAGAACUCCACUGCAACCCGGGAACACAGAACAAAAAUGAGAAUGAACUCCAUCCAGAUGUUGGGCCUCACCCUGCUGUGCGCACUGUCCGCCAGCGCUCAGGUCAUCAUGCCAGGCAGAUGCCCGGACGCCGCCGUUCAGGAGAAGUUUGAUGCUGCGGCGUACCUUGGCAAAUGGUACGAGAUCCAGAAACUGCCAAACUCCUUCCAGAAGGGCCAGUGCAGCACGGCUCAGUACAGCCUGCAGAGCCCCGGGGUGGUGGGGGUCCUCAACAGGGAGCUGCUAAACAACGGCACCAUCUACGCCCUCAACGGCACGGCCAAACCCAGCCCCACCGAGCCCGCCAAACUGAUGGUCACCUUCUUUGAGAACAGCCCCCCGUCCCCCUACUGGGUCUUGUCUACAGACUACAACAACUUUGCGCUGGUCUACAGCUGCACCGACCUGGAGCUGAUCCACACGGACUUCGUCUGGAUCCUCAGCAGGACCCCCACCCUGCCUCAGGAGACCCUGGAGAAGCUGCAGAACAUCCUGACCUCCAUUGGAGUCACUGUGGACAAGCUUCUCGCCACCAACCAGGACCUGAAGUACUGCACACCCAUGGGCAAUUAGAGCGCCAGGUGGAGUCUGGGAAUGUUUCUCAUGAGCACCAAAUAAACUUCAGUCCUUGAACGCAG